CUUCUGCACGUACAUAGCGUCGCUUACGUUGAUUGUGGUGUAAAAUAUAAUGUUGAGAACAAAUGAAUUAGUAAAAAAUAAGUGUUAAUUAUUAAUUAAAGUAUAAUUAAAUAACAGCUAUGACGGCUGUUGAACCUGAAGACGAGAAGAAAGUUGACUUAGAAGAUGUUUUGGACAAGUUCAGUAUAUACAGAAGUUAUCAUCUACAAAUAGCCGGUUUAAUAUUCCUUGGAUUCGCGACGAAUACUAUGUUUUGUUCCAAUUUCAUAUUUGUUGCAGAAGAAACUGGUUACACAUGUAUUAGAAAUUUUACUGACAACAAUACCGGUUGUGCGGAGUGCCUGUACGACAAUCCGAACUCAUUUGUGGCAGAAUUGCAGCUAGCAAAUCAAGAAUGGAAGCGUACGCUGGUGGGUACGGUGCACAGCUUAGGUUACAUGGUCGGCCUGCUUAUCGUCGGACCACUUUCUGAUAGGUUUGGACGAAAGAACGCAUUCAUAAUGACAGGAGUGCUCGGCGGGGUGUUUGGCGUGGCUCGUAGCUUCUCUCAUUCCUAUUGGCUGUACAUUUGCCUUGAGUUUCUAGAAGCAUUUAUCGGCGAUUGUUGUUCACCUGCAUAUAUUUUAAUUACAGAAGUAGUAUCAACUAAACAGAGGCUAAAAUUUAUUUUAAUGUGCACGAUUGGGUACACUUUUGGUGGUUUCGCCACAAGUCUAGCGGCAUGGCUCGUGCCGUACUGGAGGACAUUGUUACAAGUCCUGUACACACCUGCUUUACUGUUCUUCUUCUAUAAAUACCUUCUAGAUGAAAGUCCUCGAUGGCUACUAAUAAAAGGACACAAAGAGAAAGCUGUAGAAGUACUGGAGAAAGCAGCAAUGAAAAAUAAUCAAAAACUAGAUAAGCAUUUUCUUGACAAGUUGUCGUGUGAAAAUAACGAGACAUUGGACUUUUUUAAGAUUAUCAAAAGCACUUUCCAAUCGAAGGUGUUAUGUGGAAGAUUUUUUGUUUGUUUAGUGUGGUGGACCACAUCCACUUUUGUGAACUAUGGUCUCACUAUUACCUCUGUAUCGCUGCAAGGUAACAAAUACAUCAACUUCGCCUUGCUAUCAGUUGUUGACUUACCAGGUUUAUUUAUAAUCACGUACAUCUUGACGUACUGCAAACGAAAACUACCAUUGAUAUGCUGCUUCUUCGCGGCCGCAGUAUUGUGUGUUUCACAACCAUUUGUACCGUUAGAUUUACCUUGGUUAUCCAUCGUAUUCUUUAUGGCUGGUAAAUUAAUGUCAUCAUUCUACUUCAACAUAACGUAUCUGUACACGUCCGAGUUAUUUCCGACUUAUACCAGAAAUUCAAUGCACGCGCUAUGUUCCUCAUUGGGUCGGAUCGGAUCCAUCAUUUCUCCGCAAACUCCUUUGUUGAUGCAAUACUGGUUCGGUCUACCGUCGCUGAUUUUUGGCUUAGCGUCGCUCUUCGGAGGGUUCGUGACCUUCUUCGUGCCGGACAUCGCGGAUGACUCGCUCCCGGACACAAUCAGCCAAGCUGAAGAACUUGGCAAGCCAAAGAAGCCGUUAGCCUGUACAAAUCCUAAUGCUACCAAUUAAAAGUAUGAUAUUUAGAUAUUUUAUUUAUUAGUGUAAUUAAAGAUUAAGUUAAAUAGGAGAAAUAAAAAAAAUAAACGAAGUAGGA